AUGGACGCCAUGGCCGUGCUCGCGAGACAGGGCCCUACCCUCGCCGCCAUCGAACACCGGAGCUCCGCCUCACUCCGGCUGUCGGCAUCCCUCUCCUUCGCCACCGCUUCCUCGAGGAGCCGCGGCCUCGUCGGGCUGAGCACGGUGGGGUGGAGCGGGAGGGCGGACAGGGUGGCUCGCGUCACCCCCCACCGCAUUGUCGCCUCGUCGGAAGUUGAGCAGUCAUACAUUAUGAUCAAACCUGACGGUGUUCAGCGUGGUUUGGUUGGAGAUAUUAUUUCUCGCUUCGAGAAGAAAGGAUUUUUGCUGAAGGGGCUGAAGCUUUUUCAGUGCCCCAAGGAGUUGGCUCAGGAGCACUACAAGGAUCUGAGUGAGAGACCUUUCUUUCCCAAACUGAUAGAGUACAUAACAUCUGGUCCUGUUGUUUGCAUGGCCUGGGAGGGUGCAGGUGUUGUUGCGUCAGCUCGCAAACUGAUAGGAGCUACUAACCCCCUUCAAGCCGAACCAGGGACCAUAAGGGGUGAUCUUGCAGUUCAAACAGGAAGGAAUGUUAUCCACGGAAGUGACAGCCCUGAUAAUGGCAAGCGUGAAAUUGCGCUAUGGUUCAAAGAAGGCGAGCUUGCUCAGUGGGAAUCAGUUCAAACACCCUGGCUUAUAGAGUGAUGUUCGCUGAGAACCUUAUAAAGUAGCCUAUCAGGGCUCCAAAAUUUUCGCCAUUGUCCACCUGUAUGUUAUUUCCUUCUUUAACUGUAAUGCUGAGCGGGUAAGUAUAAAUCUGUGUUGAGAAUUUUCUUGUAUUCACAUGUUAACUCUUUUAAUUAAGAAGCAAGGCAUUGGCAGCA